AAAAGGGACACGGCAUCACCCCCUGAUCACUUUCUACCACGAUGAUGCGACUUGUGGUCCUGGUUGCUCUCAUUGGGUUGACGUUUGCCAAGGUGCCGUUCGACCCCAACGCGCACAAUGAGCGGGUCAUCGGCGGCUAUGAUGCACCGCCAAACUACUGGAAAUGGCAGAUUUCUCUCCAGGAGAACAUCUAUGAUGACGGCUACCACUACCACAUCUGUGGAGGCUCUCUCAUCGGCGCCUCAUACGUCGUGACCGCGGCUCAUUGCAUUUCAAGCCUGGACGCCACUCUGUACCGUGUGGUCGCUGGAGAACAUAACAUCUACGAGUACGGCGGCACGGAGCAGAUCAUUGGGGUGGAGCGAAUCACGGUGCAUCCCGACUGGAACCAAGACCUGGCCAAGGGAUACGAUAUCGCCCUGCUGAAGCUGGCCACUCCGGCGUACAGCAGUGCCUCCGUGGAGCUGGUCAACCUGCCCUCUCCUCACCAGAUGCUGCCUCACGGCUUCACCUGCUACAUCACCGGCUGGGGGCUCAUCCAAUCCUUUCCCUCAGCUGCCCCAGACGUGCUCCAGCAGUCUCCCAUCCAGGUGGUGGAGCACUCUGUCUGCUCCACCUGGGAGUGGUGGGGCAGUAAUGCCCUGAAGACCAUGAUCUGUGCUGGGGGGGAUGGCGUCAUCUCUGGGUGCCAGGGGGACUCUGGCGGCCCUCUGAACUGCGAAAUAGACGGGGUAUGGAGGCUCCACGGUGUGGUCAGCUACGGCCCGGCUGGAGAGUGCAAUCAGUACUCCAAACCCACCGUCUUCACCCGCGUCUCCUCCUACCUGGACUGGAUAAAUUCAGUUAUGAACAACUAGACAUACUUCACGUGUAUAUAGGCCUACACAGUGAUUGCUGAGACUGAAAGAGACAUGUUUCUCUUUCUGCUGCAGAUUGAUUGAAAUAAAUAA